AUGAAUUCUGUGUACCAUAUUAUCGUUCGUCGACUAUCAACUCAACAAAAUCAUUAUAAAUUAGUCAUCAUUGGGUCUGGAUGUGGUGGUCUAGCUUGUGCAUCGAAAUUUGCCAAAAAACUACCAAAAGAUAAUAUUGCUAUUAUUGAUAAGACUGAGAUACACACUUAUCAACCCGGUUGGACAUUAGUCGGUGCAGGACUAAAAACAGCUGAAGAAGUUGAAAAACCACAAACACAAUGUAUUCCAUCAAAUACAACUUGGAUUCAAUCGAAUGCGAAUCAAGUUGAACCAGAAAAAAACCAUGUUCAAUUAGACAAUGGACGAAAAAUUACCUAUGAUUAUUUAAUUGUUGCUGCUGGUAUGCAAAUAAAUUUCAAUAAAAUAAAAGGAGCUAUUGAUGCAUUAGACAAUGAUCCACAACAUGUAGUUAGUAUUUACACUCGAAAAUAUGUUACUAAUGUUUAUAAUGCACUAAAUAAUCUUCGUGCUGGUAACGCAAUAUUUACAUUUCCAGCUACAACUAUUAAAUGUCCUGGAGCACCACAAAAAAUUAUGUAUCUUGCUGAAGAUUUAUUCCGAAAAAAUAAUGUACGUGAUAAAAUUACAGUUACGUAUAAUACUUCAUUGCCAGUUAUUUUUGGUGUUAAAAAAUAUGCAGCUGCUUUAAUGGAAGUCGUUAAAAAACGAAAUAUUCAAUUAAAUACUCGAUUGAAUCUUGUUGAAGUACGGAAGGAUUCAAAAGAAGCUAUUUUCGAAAAUCUUGAUCAACCGGGUACUAUGAAAACAUUUAAAUAUGAUUUAUUACAUAUUGGUGCUCCAAUGCAACCACAUGAAUUUUUAGCAAAAUCUCCAUUAGCUGAUGCAAGUGGUUAUGUUGAUGUUGAUAAAGAAACAUUACAACAUAAGAAAUUUCCUAAUGUUUUUGCUAUUGGUGAUUGUACUAAUAUUCCAACAAGUAAAACAGCUGCUGCUGUUGCUGGAUCAAAUGAUAUUCUUGUUCGAAAUUUAAGUAAUUUAAUGUUUGGUAAUUCGGACAAAGUUCCAAAAUAUGAUGGUUAUACAAGUUGUCCAUUGUUGACCAGUUAUGGCAAAUGUAUUCUAGCUGAAUUUAUCUUUGAUGGAAAACCAUUAGAAACAUUUCCUGUUGAUCAAGGAAAAGAACGUCGAACUGCAUAUAUAUUAAAAAAAGAUAUCAUGCCAUCGCUAUAUUGGAACAUGUUAAUCAAAGGUACAUGGAAUGGACCAGCAACAUUCCGUAAAAUGUUUCAUCUCGGCAUGUCUAAAUAA